AUGGAGGACACAGUAGCAGAGGUAGAAGAUCCCCGGGAAGAAAUCAAUCUUGGCACCCCUGAGAACCCGAAGCCUCUCUUUAUAAGCAAACUGCUUCCCAGUGAGUUUAAAAAGGAAUUAAUAGUUUUACUUAGGGAAUUUAAAGAUUGUUUUGCUUGGGAUUAUCAUGAAAUGCCCGGAUUAGACCGGAGGGUUGUAGAACAUAGAUUACCUCUGUAUGAAAAUUGUAAACCACAUAAACAGCCACCACGGCGCUUUUCCGCCGAGGUGCAGCUUGAAAUAAAAAAUGAGAUAGAAAGAUUGCUCUAUGCUGGUUUUAUUCGUACUGCUAGAUAUGUAGAGUGGAUUUCUAAUGUAGUGCCAGUUAAAAAGAAAAAUGGGAAAAUCAGAGUAUGCAUUGAUUUUCAGAACUUGAAUACGGCCACUCCUAAGGAUGAAUAUCCAAUGCCGAUGGCUGACUUACUUGUAGAUGGAGCGGCACGUCAUGAAAUUUUGUCUUUCAUGGACGGACAUGCCGGAUACAAUCAAAUAUUCAUUGCUGAAGAAGAUGUACAUAAGACAGCGUUUAGGUGUCCUGGAGCUCUUGGGACAUACGAGUGGGUUGUUAUGCCUUUUGGCUUAAAAAAUGCAGGGGCCACGUAUCAGCGGGCUAUGAACAUGAUCUUUCAUGAUCUGAUUGGCAAGACAAUUGAAGUGUAUAUAGAUGACGUGGUUGUCAAAUCCAAUAAACGACAAAAUCAUCUAGUUGAUCUACGGCAAGCCUUUGAAAGAAUGAGAGCUCAUCAGUUAAAAAUGAACCCACAAAAAUGUAUUUUUGGGGUCUCAGCUGGUAAUUUCAUGGGCUUCCUUGUGCAUCAAAUGGGCAUUGAAGUGGAUAAAAAUAAGGCUAAGUCCAUCAUCAGUGCACCACCACCAACAAAUAAGAAAGAAUUACAAUCCUUUCUUGGGAAAGUAAAUUUUUUACGGCGAUUCAUUGCCAAUUCAGCUGGAAAAAUACAACCUUUUUCAUCGUUAUUAAGACUCAAAGCUGAGGAACCCUUCACAUGGGGAGUUGAACAUCAACAGGCUUUUGACGAGAUUAAGUGUUAUUUAGCAAACCCACCAGUACUGAUGCCCCCUGUCCGAGGUCGGCCAUUGAAAUUGUACAUAGCCGCGGCCGAAAACUCAAUUGGUGGCUUUUUAGCCCAAGACAAUGACCGAGGAAAGGAACGAGCCGUGUACUAUUUAAGUAGAAUUUUAACGGCUGUGGAGGAGAGAUAUACACCAAUCGAAAAGCUGUGCUUGGCCUUGUAUUUUUCGGCAAUAAAACUACGACAUUAUAUGUUGCCGUCCGUGGUGCAAGUCAUAUCUAAGACAGAUUUAAUCAAGUAUAUGCUCACUCGUCCCAUUAUCCGAGGACGAAUUGGCAAGUGGACAAUGGCCCUCUUAGAGUUUACUUUCAAAUAUGUUUCGCAGAAAUCGGUGAAAGGACAGGCUUUAGCCGAUUUCCUGGCGCACCACCCCUCUGAAGAAAUAGAGUCCAUGGAAGAAGUGGAGAUUGGGACUAUUGAUGUAGUAUCCAUGCAGAAUAACUUCUGGACCAUGCAUUUUGAUGGUUCAAGCACGGAAACUUCAGCUGGGGCUGGAGUUGUGAUCGAGUCCCCUGAAGGACAGGUGUUUCGCUUUGCGUGUCAACUUGAUUUCGCUUGCACGAAUAACCAAGCUGAGUAUGAAGCCUUGAUUAUUGGCAUGGAAAUGCUACAAGAAAUGGGGGCUCGGAGGGUAUUAAUAAUUGGAGAUUCACAACUUGUUAUUAAUCAAUUGGUGAAAGAGUUCAAAUGCACAAGUUGGUUAUUACUACCAUAUUACGCCUUAGCAGACCAGUUAGCUGAGGCUUUUGAUAGGGUAAGUUUUUCCCACGUGCGGCGUAAAGAUAACUCUGAUGCCAAUGAAUUGGCACAGCUUGCUUCAGGUAUGAGUUUGACAAAAAGUGAGGAAAAUCAAACCAUCAAGAUAUCGAAGAGAACAAUGCCUGCUUUGCAUGAGCGUGGUGUGCCAAUGGAGAUUUUUGUGGUUACUGUGGACCCAUCUGAUUGGAGAUAUCCCAUCAUUAGAUUCCAUGACAACCCAGAGGGCAGCCAUGACCAUAAAACAAAAUAUUUGGCUCAAAAUUUUGUUCUCUACAAAGACCAGUUAUAUCGUAAAAGUGCAGAUGAUUUGUUGCUGUUAUGUCUUGGAGGGCAAGAUGUCAUGAAUGUGAUGCAUGAAGUGCAUGAAGGAAUUUGUGGAGCUCAUCAAGCUGGAAUAAAAAUGCGUUGGUUAAUUCGAAGACAUGGUUACUAUUGGCCAACUAUUCUGAAAGAUUGUAUUGAGUAUGCUCGUAGUUGCAAGAAGUGUCAGAUUCACGGACCUCUCCAGAGAGUACCUGCUGAGUUAUUACAUCUGAUAGUUAAGCCAUGGCCGUUUCGAAGCUGGGCCAUGGAUAUUAUUGGAAAGAUCCAUCCAGCGUCCUCUAAACAACAUGUUUGGAUCCUAGUGGCUACUGAUUAUUUCACAAAAUGGGUUGAGGCCAAGCCGUACACUUCUAUUUCUAGUGAAACAGUGAUUGCUUUCAUUAAGCAGGAGAUAGUUCAUAGAUUUGGAGUUCCAGAGACUAUUACGGCCGACCGUGGAUCAGUAUUUAUAUCGGAAGCUAUGCACACGGUGGCCAAUGAUCUGGGAAUCAAAAUGAUCCACUCUACCCCGUAUUACCCAAAAGCAAAUGGUCAAGUCGAAGCUGCCAACAAGGUAGUUAUCAAUGUUCUAAAAAGAAUGAUUAAUGACAAGCCACGUGAUUGGCAUAACAUUUUGUCUGAGACUUUGUGGGCACUUCGGACUUCAAAGCGGUCUGCAACCGGAACUACCCCAUUCGCCUUGACAUAUGGCCAUGAUGCCAUGCUCCCAGUUGAAAUAAAGAUUAAGGCUAUACGGGUGGCAGAGCAGAACAAUUUAACAACCGGGGAUUAUACUCAAGCUAUGUUACAGGAUUUGGAGGAUCUUGAUUGA